AUGUCAUCCAAGAACAUCACCGUCGUAGAUCUGUUCGACCAGGCCGCACUGCGCGAUCCUUCUGGCAUCGCGGCCACGUUCGACGGGAAGAGUGUCUCGUACGGGGUGCAACCUCGUGAUAAAGUCCCGCUGCUCACGACCAUAGGCUUGGACAUGCUGGUAAGCAUGCUUGGCAUUCUGAGGACAGGCGCAUGUUAUUGCCCCAUCGAUGUGAUUGCAUGGAGUCCGGCGAGGAUCCUGACUGCGUUGCGCGCUGUGGGCAGUGCAUUGUUGGCGUCAACAGUCGCGCGCCGGGAGGCUACCAAUUAUGUGCCGUGUCUGUCCACCGUCCGGGGGCAAAUGCGUAUGGAGGACCUCAUCUAUAUCAUCUUCGCCAGCGGGACUACGGGUAACCCCAAGGACGUCAUGGUCUCGCAUGGCAGCGCCGCUCACCUCAUCUGUCAGGACUUUCCGGGCGCGAUGCGAGUCCGUCCUUCCGAAAGAGUGCUCUUGUUCUUCUCUGUCGCUUUUGACGGUUGCGCUGGUCUGAUCUUCUCCACCAUCUGCCACGGCGGCACCCUCGCCAUGGCCACGCCGAGUGAUGUGAUUGAUGUGGCGGGUACUUGCACGACGCUGGUGGUGACGCCUUCGACUCUGGCUAGUCUGACGCCCAUUCCGCAGUUUGAUCGCGUCACAGGUAUCUAUAUGGGCGGAGAGGCCCCCAGCGACAUUCUCGUGCAGAGGUCGACCACGCCGACGAGAAAGGUGUAUAAUUGUUAUAGGCCCAUAGAAGGCACAACAGCCGUCUCCAGCACCGUAAUGCAACCCGGUGGACCGAUCGUGCUAGGCGAGUUAGUCUCGGGCGUCGAGAUCAUCUUGGUGGACGAUGAAAUCGAACAUAGUCGCACGCCAGAGAAGUUCUUCUUUCGUGACGGUGUCCGCCACUAUCGAACUGGCGACUUGGCGCGUCGCAACGCUGAUGACAGCCUGAGCUUUGUGGCGCGUAUAGACCGCAUUGUCAAAAACCGUGGAUGUUUGGUCAACCUAGAAACCGAUCCUGCGCUACGCUCAUUCCAUGCUGUGCAACAAGCUGCUGCAUGCGUCUCGCCCACGACCAAGCAACUGGUCGGGUUCGUGACACCCGCGGAUGUAGAUGUCGCCCAGCUGCGCGAACAUCUCGUUGUUUCAUGCGACGCCUUCGUGGUACUAGACCUGGUCUUCGCCGUUCACGGAUUCCCGCUCACGGCAAAUGGAAAAGUCGAUGCCAAAGCCCUGCUAUCCGCUAUGCCUUCGACCGCAGCUACCUCGGUCGAGACAUCCUCCUCGUUGACCAAUUCUCUAGCGUGGCGAUCGCUAGUUAAAGGCUUCACUGCUGUUUUUGCACAGCCUACGAGCCAGAUUAACGCGGCAUCUUCUUUCAGUGCCUUGGGUGGCAACUCUCUCGCUGCUGUAAAGCCCAUGUCACGUCUGCGACACGAGGAUUUCCGUUUACCACUGCCCAAGAUCUUUGAACUGGACACUUUUGCGGCUAUGGCAGGGUUUCUGAUCCAGUCUCAGUCAUCGAAAGAGGAGGAAGAAGAAGAGAAGCUGUUCCAGCGCUAUGAUAUCUACCGAGCGAAGCUGGACCUCGCCUCCGGCUUACAAACGAUCUGUGAUAGUCCCUCGUAUAAAUGGUCAGAAUUUUCUGCCGAUAAUGUGGAACAAGUCCAGCUCAUAUCCACCCGCGAUGCUCUCUGGACUCGACUGCGUGCGCAAGAGCGUCCUACGUCGCCAAACAUGCCCGAUUUCUGGAUUUUCUACUCUUUGGGAAUCGUGCUGCGUGACCUGGAGGCUCUCCUAGAAGACGCAGAUCGAGACUUGUCGCCAGCUCCCGGCUUUCUGCCUCUCGCUCGGAGACUGGCCACACGAGCUACUCGGGAUCAAGAUGCUAUCAACACUUAUUGGCGAGAGUAUGUACAUCCUUACGCAAAGGAAGUGCGCUUACUGAAGCUACCUCCCCAAUCGCUAUCCACAUUCGUCGCUACGAGUCUGGACCAGGAAGAUGGGCAUACCUUACGGAAAGAAGUGCCGGGCAUUUCCAAGGCAUCUUUGGACACCUUUGCACGCACCAACGGCGUCUCGCCUGCAAACGUUAUCUAUACGGCUUGCACACUAGUGCUUGCGGCUCGCACAGGCUCUUCGAUCGUGGGCACUGAACUCAGUGUGCUGGGUCGCGCACUAGACUUUCCAAAUGUCGACCGCAUCGUCGGAUCAUUCAAUGGAAGAUGUCCAUUGCUAUUCAAGUUCUCACCAGGUGCUUCGCUUUCAAUGACCAUGAUGGAAUUACAGCGGACAUAUCAUGCCGUGAACGAGUGGCAAUGGACGUACCCCCAAUUCCGACAACACGUCCCUAGGUUGGCCGGCCAUACGGAACGAGGCUUCCCUGUGUGUUUAGUGCUUCUCGACAUGCCCGUCGACGCGGGCUUGUGGGAUCCAAUGAAUCGAGACGAGAAAGGAGAGAGGAUUACCGUUCAUAUUGUGCAGCGAGGAGAUGCGAUUUCUGUUCAUUUCGGAUACGAUCGGAAACGAUAUGACCACGAGACCGUCGUAGAUCUGCAGGAGCAUUUUGUUGCGGUACUACAGGCAUUGUGCAGUGGUGGUACGAACCUGGAUGUUGCAACUUUUCUAACUAAUGUCUCCCAGGGAACACAUUUAGAUUGGUAGAAAAUAUCGACGCACUGACAUAG